AUGCCCCAUGCGUGCCUCCCCAUGUGUGCCUCCCCAUGCGUGCCUCCCCAUGCGUGCCUCCCCAUGCGUGCCUCCCCAUGCGUGCCUCCCCAUGCGUGCCUCCCCAUGCGUGCCUCCCCAUGCGUGCCUCCCCAUGCGUGCCUCCCCAUGCGUGCCUCCCCAUGCGUGCCUCCCCAUGCGUGCCUCCCCAUGCGUGCCUCCCCAUGCAUACCUCCCCCCCCUCAGGUGCAGCGCAUGAUAGCCAAGGCAGAGAGCAGCUACAGGGCGAGGCGAGCAGCACAGCUGCCAGAGGGGCUGCUGGAUGGGGGCGGCAGAGAGGGGAGCAGGGAGGUUCCGGUGCCGCUGCCGCUCAUACGCAUUCGCGUGGACUACUCGGGCUUCUCCACCAUCAACUCGCAGCGCUUUGGGCAACAGUUUGUGGGCAAGGUGGCGAACCCUCACGACAUGCUCAUGUUCUUCAAGGCGCCCACCAGGAAGCCCUCCACCACCGUUGUGGAGGUGGGCGAGGAGAGGGUGGUGCAGCCGGACGAGCUCAAUCAGAGCAACAUCGAGCAGCUGCUCAGGGAUAGCAACGUGGUGCUGUCGCUGGGGGGGCUGGCGGAGGCGCUGCAUGGGUUUGUGGGCCGCGAUGAGAAGCACGCCUUCUCCUCCUUCCUAUCCUCCUCGCUCUCCGACACCCAGUCAGCCCUCUCCGACACCCAGGUCAGUCAGCCCUCUCCGACACCCAGGUCAGUCAGCCCUCUCCGACACCCAGGUCAGUCAGCCCUCUCCGACACCCAGUCAGCCCUCUCCGACACCCAGGUCAGUCAGCCCUCUCCGACACCCAGGUCAGUCAGCCCUCUCCGACACCCAGGUCAGUCAGCCCUCUCCGACACCCAGGCGUGGCUGGUGAAGGAGCAGGAAGGGGCGGGUUUGAGGGACGAUGAGGACAUCUUGCGACUCGUGGAGCAGUGCGUGCUGCAGGCCAUGGAGAAGCGCGGUGGUGCGGCGGCGCCUGGCGAUGGCGCUGGCGAUGCAGGAGCAGCGCAGCCGAUGCCCGAUCAUGUGAGCCUGCCUCUGCUCACCCAUGUGCGUCCCUGCCUCUGCUGCCGUGUGUGCAGGCCAGCAGCAGCAGCCACGCCAGCAGGUGGGAGGGCAGCAGCGAGUGUGGGCAGCACCAAGGUGGCGAUGGAGGAGGAGGAGAUCGAGGACGACGACCUGCCUGCUCAAAACGGUCAGGGCAUGAUGGCAGCGCCACGUGGGGCUGGUGGCAUGGCUUCAGCACGUGGUGUGGACGAUGAGGACGUGGAGGAAGUGGGCCUGGGCUCCAGGGCAUCAGCAGCGCGAGCAGCCUCCCAGCGGCGCUCCGCCACUGCUGCCUCCCCCAUGAGUCAGCGGGAGGGGCGGGGAAGGGGACGGGGCAGAGGGGCAGCAGCUGCAGCAGCAGGGGGUGUAGGGAGGGGAAGGGGGAGGGGAAGAGCAGUGGUUGGUGGGUGGAGCAGUUUGGGUGUGUCAGGCGUUGGUACAGCAGGAGUGAGCAUGCAGAGUGACGGGGAGGAGAGUGAUGAGGAGGAGCAUGUGAGGCGUGGUGGCAUAGAGGAGGAGGAUGAUGAGGAGGAGGAGGAAGAGGAAGACGAAGAGGACGAGGAGGAGCAGAGGGCACGGGCAAAGCGAGCGAGAAGGGGUGUGGGAGGAGUCACGGGUGGCUUCAGCUUCACACCCUCGCAAGUGAGUGUGGAGGAUGCACCGUCAGCGUGGCAGCAGGUAUGGAAGAGCAAGGCAGUGAAGCCGAUAUGA